CAAUACAAUCAUCAACACAUGCAUGUGUGUUGUAUAGUCAUAGUUAUAAAAAAAAAUUGAAGACACAACUUCUACUCUGAGAAGCUGCAAAUUUAGUUUUAGCUGCCAAUCAAAUAUCCUAAAACAAUGAGUGCAAUUUGCAACAUACUGAAUGUAGUAUUGCCCCCAUUGUCACUGAUUUCGAUCCCUAUCACCAUGCUACCUUAUCUUUUCGUUAAAUUGCUUGUUUAUGCAAAAAACUUGGUGCACACAGAAAGCAUGGAAAGAAAAGUAGUACUAAUCACUGGGGCAGCCUCAGGAAUUGGCGAGGAACUAGCUUAUGAGUAUGCUAAGAGAGGAGCAAGGUUGUCUCUAAUUGACAUUCGAAAAGAGAAUCUUGUAACAGUGGCUGAUAUGGCAAGGUCUCUUGGUUCCCCUGAUGUUACUAUCAUUGGUGCAGAUGUUUCCAAGGUCGAAGACAGUAAGCGGUUCAUUGAUGAAACAAUGAAACACUUUGGACGAUUGGAUCAUCUGGUAAAUAAUGCUGGAGUUUCUGGCAUUCCAAUUUUGAUAGAGGAUAUUCAUGAUUUAACUAAAUACAAUCCAAUUAUGGAUACAAAUUUCUGGGGAGCAGUUCAUGGCACUCUAUAUGCAAUCCCACAUCUCAAAAACAGCAAAGGCAGGAUCAUAGUGGUUGCUUCGGGCUGUGGAUGGUUCCCACUUCCAAGAUUAAGUAUCUAUAAUGCUAGUAAGGCUGCGACAAUAAGCUUCUUUGAGACUCUAAGAAUUGAACUUGGUUGGUCCAUUGGCAUUACAAUCGUCACACCUGGUUUUAUCAAAACAAAUAUGGCAUUGAAGGCAUAUGAAGAAGAGGCUAGUCUGCAAUGGAUUCCAUUGGGAUCAGCAAAUGAAUGUGCCAAAGACAUAGUAAAAAGUGCGUGCAGGGGAGAUAUGUAUGUGACAAACCCUUCAUGGCUCAAAGCGGUGUUUCCUUCUAAGCUGCUUUUUCCUGAGUUAGUGGACUGGGCAGAACGACACAUCUUUGGCCUUUGGCAAAAGCCUUCCUGUAAGAACGGCGAUCUUCGUAUGUCUAAGAAUAACCAAGCGCUUAAGACAGAAUAAUAAGACAAAAUUACUCUCGUGUCGUGGUAUCUUAAUUUAAUUUCAUAUGUAAACUGUUGUUAGUGUCUUUGUGAGCUUAACUCAGUUGGUAGAGACAAUACAUAAUAUAUACAAGGUAUGAGACCACCAUAAAAAAUAUACAACCUGUUGGUGUUUAAAUCUAUCA